AUGCUCACUGCUGAAGAGGUUGAAUGGGUGAAUGCUUACCACGAUCGAGUGCUCAGUACAGUAGGAGAGUUCUUGGAAAGCUCAGGUAAAACAGCUGAGCUAGAAUGGCUACGAACACAGUGCGCUCAUAUUUGA